CAAUUUGUCUGAUGAAGGGAUACAUUCCGCAAGUCGCGCACUCACUACGAAUUGUAUCCUCUCCUUUUCUUUUUUUUCUUCUUCUUCUUUUUCUGUUUAGAACCCAUGUCAUUUAAAAACAAGGGAACGUCCUUUUGUCUUUUGUAUCUUGUUCAUUGGGACAGCUGUUUUGUUUCAUAGGAUAUAAACUGACCCAUCACGCGGGUCACAAGGGAAACACCCCAUAAUAAAAGCCAUAGUGUGCUCACUCGCAACACGGAUCGGGACGCGGGAUUGCGCAAGAAGGGAAAAUCCAAAACAAGAACACAUUCCCGUAUUUCCUUCGUUAUUUCAACAAUAUACAAAAAGACAUGCAGUUUCUCCCGUCUCCCUCUACACACGCUUUUUCGACUUCAUCCACCAAAUUGCCAAAAACGCAAGCAACAACACAUACAGCAGACGCCGCCCUAACGCGCGCGGCGGCCUCGUUGCUCUUUAGAUUUCCUUCCGCUCAACCACAGUCAUCACCCUCCAAGUCAUUCGAUACCUCAUGCUCUCCAUAUAGAUCUACUCUCACAACUCCAAGACUCAAGCUCGUGCCUGUCGCAGAUAUACCCAAGAGAUUUUUGGAUCAUGUAGCGGAUUUACUAGAUAGAUUUGGGUUCAAGUCGAUAGACGAGAUGGACAAGCAACUUACGGGGCACCACGAAAUGUGGAUUAUCGAAUUACAAGAAGGGUCAUCAAGUGUAUCAUCAUCAACAUUCUCAUCAUCAUCUUCCCUGGCACCUCGUUAUGUUGGCAUAGUUGAUUUACGUGUCCAUUCCCUUCCUUACACAUCCUCGCCCGAGGCAUCGCUCGAGCUAUUGAUCGCACCAUUGUACCGAGGUCAAGGAUAUGCCACUGAAGCCGCCAAACACGUCCUAAAGCAUGUUCUUCAUCCAUCGCAAGGACGCCCUCUGCACCGCGUCUCGGCAGCCACAUCACCAGCAUACCCGGCAAUGGAGCGCGUUGUAGAAAAAUUGGGAAUGCAGCCAGCUGAUAACCUCGGCUACUGUACAUUAGAUGAUGCUAGGUACUGGGAGAUUACCGAAGAGGGCUUUGCAGACUUGUGGUUGGAGUAAUUGUUAUUGAUUCAGAGCCUCUUUCUUUGUGCAUGAUUCUGUGCAUUUUGCUUUAGACAUACGUAUACAUUGAUUUGCUAUGUAAAUAUAUUUUGUCCGUAAAUAUACUUUUGAGCACCA